AUGCUUGAUAACGGCCUGUUCAGGAUCAGUUUAAACCUAAGGUACAAAUCCAACCACAAGUAUGAAUACCUGUACGAAGCUGAGUCUUUGAAUGUUAUCAAUGGUGCUUCACAUCUCAGGAAUGGACCUAAAGCCACUUGCAAGGUUGAAAUUGAAGUACCUAAGACUUGCAGUUUCAUUGUCCACACCACUGGCUGUAGCCUGAGUGAGGUGGUCGACAUGGACGCAGAGGGCAACCCUGUGUUCGCUCUUGCUGCCAGAUCUGACGCCUUUGCUGCUGAAAUGGAGAGGUAUCCUCUGAAGGUUGUGGUUGAGGGUGUGUACAAUGUGAAACUAUACCCCGAGGAUGGUGAGACAACAACCAUCCUGAAUGUAAAGAGGGGUAUCAUAUCUGCCCUGGCUGUACCUCUGGUGGAAGAAGACAAGAACAAGAACAUGCCCACUAUCCAUGGAAUGUGCAAGACCCAUUACUCCAUCAACACUAGAGAUGACAUAGCAACCGACAUAAGCCUUACCAGGGAUCUGUCCAGGUGUGACAAAUUUGUCCCACUGAGAGAUCACACCAGCCCCCUGGCAUUUAUCUCUGGCAUGCACUACCCUCUUGCUCAGCUGGUCAGAAGCUCCCAGACCUGCAACUACAAAUUUGACAAUGAGAAGAAACACAUGACCUCUGGGUCCUGCACUGAGAACCACAUCCUCAUUCCCUUCUCACAUAAGGAGGAAUAUGGAGUUACCAAUAUUGGGAAGCAGGAGCUGACUCUGGUUCAGGUUUCUCCUCACAAUGACAGAGUCUUUCACCACAGUGACGUUGUCAAGGGUCUUCACAUGGAGGCUGUUGAGGACAAGAGUGCUGUCCAGGAUAAAGAUGCAGGUCUGAACCUCCUAAGAGAACUGGCAGAUCUGACCGAGACCGAGGGUGAGAGGAGGGCCCACCUCUUCCACAAGCUUGUCACCAUGUUCCGUGGAAUGAAGACUGAGACCCUGAGUCCCGCUAUUCCUGAGGCUAUUGCUGUGUCCCGUGUCCUGACCUACCAGGUUCUGGUGCAGUGUGGAACCCCUGAGUGCAGCAGUGCUAUCAUGCAGAUUCUCAGGACUUUAGAAAGCUCUUCACUCGAGGUUGAUGCUGCUGUUUUUGCUUUGGGACUCAUGUCCAAUCCCUCUGCCCUCCUGAUCAAUGACAUGCUUGAGAUGGCCAAAUACAAGUCCAGCAAGCCCAUCAUGUAUGCCCUGAGCAAUGUUAUCAAGAGGUUUUACAAAGCUGAAGGAAAACUGAUCCCUGAGAUUCACUCUGUGGCUGAGUUUAUGGCUGCCCAGCUGGGUGAUUGUUCUGGUGACAAGGACAACACUUUCAUGACACUGAGGGUAAUUGGAAACAUGGCUCCAGCUGUGGUACCUGCUAGUCCUGCACUAAGAUCUGCUGUGAUUCGGUGUGUGAACCAACCUGCAGCUUCCCUGGCUGUGCAGCAGGCUGCCAUCCAAGUGUACAGGCUGACUCCCGUCCCUGAGGAGAGCAGAGAGGUUCUCAUGCAAGUGCUUUUGGACAGCACCAGCCCCAUGCAAAAGCGUAUUGCCGCCUACCUGGUACUUAUGAAGGACCCCCAGCCACAUGAAGUGGCCCAGCUGGCUAAUACCUUGACCAAUGAGCAGGACAAACAAGUCAAGAGCUUUGUCAUCUCCCACAUUACUAACAUUUUGUCCUCAACGGAGCCUGAGACCCAAGGACUUAGACAGAGGAUUCAUGAAGCCCUGCAGGGUAAUGAGAUUGGGCCCAUUAUGGACCCCAUCAAGUUCUCUCGCAACUACAAAAUUGGAUCUGUAGAGGGCAACAUGAUAUUUGAGGGUACCAGCUAUCUGCCCAAGGAGCUCAUGCUUGAAAUGACUCUGAAAGCAUUUGGCUAUGAAAUUGACAUGAUGGAGAUCGGUAUGGAGGGCAAAGGAUUUGAGCCAACUGUUGAGGCCCUGUUUGGAGAGAAUGGCUUCUUCCCUGACACUGCCCUGAAGACAAUGUACUUUGUCUCUGAUAACAUGCCACUCAGAGUCAAUGAGAUCCUGCAGAAUAUGCUGCCUGCUAUGAAGAAGGACAGGAUGAAGAGACAGGCAUCCCACAACUUGAUGAGGGAGAUUGGACGCAACAUCAACAAACUGGUGAAGGAACUGAAUGCUGCACAGUCUCCUGAGGCAAUGGUUUAUCUGAGACUUCUGGGAAAUGAGCUGGGAUAUCUGAGGAGCAAUGAAAUGGAGGAGAUGGCGUACUCUGCUGCCAUGAUGAUUGACAGCAUGUUCAAGAUGUUCCCUAGUGAUCUAAUGAAGGCUUUGAUGACUAAUGCUGACAACACAAUCUUUGCCCAUUACAUCUUCAUGGACAAUGAAUUCUUCCUGCCUACUGUAACUGGUGUUCCUCUGAAGAUUGCACUGUCUGGUACUUUCACCCCUGGUAUCAAGGGUGGACUUAAGGUUGCUCGUGACAUGAGCGAAGUUACCUUCAUGCCCUCCGCUGGCAUUGAGUUUGUAACUCAGGUUGGCUCCCACAUCCCUGAAUAUGUCAAUUCUGGAUUAGAGAUGCACACCAACAUUUUCCAUGAGAGUGGGCUCAGUGCCAAGAUCUCCAUGGGACGUGACAAUGUCAAGCUGACCAUCCCUGCACCAAUGAGGCCUACAAAGCUCAUCAAAAUGACAAACACCCUGGUGGCAGUAACUGGAUCAGAGGUGAGGACCAUUCCCCCUAUGGUGAUGGACAAGGUGGAUGUUAAUGAGUGCACUCCCGUCUUCGCUGGAAUGAAAUAUUGCACAGCUCUGCAGUACAUUGAUGCUUUCUCUCAAGAUACAGCCCCCUACUUCCCCUUCACUGGAGACAGCAAAUUUGCUAUGGAGCUCCACCCUACUGGUGAAGUCACUGAGUACACAGCCACUGUUGCAUACGAGCUCCUCAGGGAGGGAGAAGAGGGACGGCAGAAGGUUGACUCUGUGAAGUUCAUUCUGAGGGCUGAAGGUGCAGAUCCCACUGAAGCCAGGGCAAUCAUGAAAUAUAACAGAAGGAAGAAUGUGAUCACUGCUGACAUCCAGAUCCCUGACUACGAUGUGGAGGCUGGACUCAGGCUGGGUGUUGUUGAUGGAAACACCAAGGGCAAAGGAACUCACUCAGUCUCUCUGGACUUCAUAAACAAGAAUAUCCCUCAGCUCUCCCUGGUUGGCCGUGCCAAUCUGAAGGCCAUGAAGGAAGGUAUGCUGCAAGUCCAGCUUCUUGUCCCAUCAAUCAAUACCGAUGCCACUGUCACAGCUAACAUGAAGCGUGAUGAAGAAUUGGAAAUGGAGUUCAAGAGUGAAAUCAAGUUCAUGGACACCACAUCUGAGCAGAAAAUUGAACUGAAAUACGAUUCCAACAAGAUUGAGGUUGAGCUCAAGUCUAAUGUGAACACUGAGACCACCAUCUUGCCAAACGCUGACAUAUUUCAGAAUUAUGGCAACGAACUUCUUGACAUGCAGGUUGGGCAGACCGACAUGAAAGUCCAUCACAUCUUCAAGAAGUUUGUGGAGGCAGCAAACAACUACAUGGAAAAAUAUGGUGCUGAGUUCCCUUACAUUCAGAACUUCAGACUACCUGAUAUGCCUGAGAUUUCCCUGCCAGAGACACUGUUCCUGAAUACUGAGGCAAAGGCUGUUUACUACUUCAACAAUGAGCACUUCACCAUUGCUAUCCCUCUCCCUCUUGGAGGAAAGUCAACAGAGGAGCUUAACUUGCCACCAGCUUUGACCACACCAAGUGUGUCUCUACCCCAGUUUGGACUGAAGAUCAUCUCCAUGGAGAUCCCCAUCCCAGAGAUUGUUGUCCCUGAGAGCCUUACUCUGUCUAUUCCUCUUUUUGGCAAAGCUGAGUUUUCAACUCUGAUGAGGAGCAACCUGUAUGACAUGGAGGCCUCAAUGGCCGCUGGCAAAGAUGUUGUGCAAACUCCAAGCUACUCAGCGAAGUUUGAUGUGAAAGGAACCUCCCCACUUGAAAUCCUUUCGAUAAAGAUUGAAGGCUCAGGAAUGCUGGACACCACUGAUUCCAUUAAGGCCCAUUUUAAAAGCUCUUUGGCCCAUCAAUUCAUUGAAGCCAGUGUUAGCAUCAUGGAGCAUGCAACAAUCACUGACAAAAUCAAUUUGAGCUCAAACAGCAAAAUUGAAGCAACAAGUCCAUUUGGUCUCAAUUUUGCACUGGAGCACACAGGUAUGACAGGAAUCAAUACUGAAGAAAUCUCUGCUGGUAACAACUUUAAGGGAAUAUUCAAAGCUGGACCUAUGUACGGCAAGACCAUUUCAACCCAGUCAUUUACCAUCUUCCCAUUCAGGCCAGAGGCAAAGAUUGAUUCUACUGUUCAGGUUGACUCAACAAUUGUUAGGGGCCAAAACACAUUUACAGCAUCCCUUGCCAAUGGUGAAUUCUCAGUUGUGUCCAACACUAAUGCCUUUGAAAAUGUCUUGACACAUGUUGUUGAGCUUUACUUCAAAGACAGCAAGCUGUUACUGAAAAGUGAUUCAAAUGCCCUUGCUGUUGGCAUGAAGAUCCGCAACCAGGUUGAAGCCUCUGCUGGUGCCGGUGAAGUCGUCAUGAGGAUGGAGACAAAUGCAGACCACUCUGAAAACCGGGUUUACUCUCUGCUGACUGCCUCUCUUGAUGCCAAUGGUCUGGCUGUAAACAGUGAUGCCUCAAUGAAGCUUCUUGAGAAUGAGGCUAAUCACAAGACAACCCUGAGGAUGAACAAGGACGGGUUGACCACAAGUGGAACAACCACCCUGCAGAGCCCCCUGUCCCUAGAAAACACUUUCAAUGCUGGGCUUGACACUUCAAGAGCUACUUUAUCCAUUACCAACAAGGCUGCAAUGCAGAACAUCAAGGUUGACAAUGCCAACACUCUUAUCAUUACUCUUUCUAGCCUUGACUUUAACUCAAAGGCUGAAGCCACAGCAAUUGAGUAUGCCACUUAUGCUCAUGAUAUCACCAUCGACCUUAAACCCUACACUGCUUCUGCAAAUGUUAACAACAACCUGAAAGUUCUGGCUGCCAACUUCAUUAACGAGGCUCAGCUGCAGGCAGAGUUUUACAAGAUGGACCUGACUGGAAGCCUGAAAGCUAUCUAUGGCGAGGAAGAGAUCAAACACACCUAUCAGGUAAAUUAUGCCGAUAUGACUACUAAUGCAAAAUGCAGCACCACUGGAAAACUCUUGGGAACUCACAUGAACCACAACACCGAGCUUGAAGUUGUCGGUCUUGCUGCCAGGAUCACCAAUGAUGCCCGUUUCAACUCACAGGCAAUGCGCUUUGAUCACACCAUCCAUUGCAGCAUUGUUCCUUUUGAUUUCAACCUUGAUGCCAUCUUUAAUGCUGAUGGAGAUAUCACCAUGUAUGGAAAGCACAGUGCCCAGCUCUAUGGCAAGUUCCUCCUUAAAGCACAACCCCUGGCUUUUGCUAGUUCACAUGAGUGCAGAGCAUCAGUCAUGCAGCUUCUAGAUAAUGGUUUUUCCCUUGAGACAACAUUUGACAACAAGAUGGACACUGUUCUGUCAUUCCAAGAGCAGAAGACUACUUUUAGAAUGAAGUCCAAAAUGAAUGAGCAUGCCUUCAAUCAGGACAUGAGUGUUUACAAUACUGCUGAGAGAACUGGAAUUGAGCUUUCUGGCACCAUCCUCACAAGCGUCCUCAACACCGACUCCACAGACAACCAGGAAUUCACCAUCUCUAGCUUCCUCAAGUAUGACAAGAGUACAAACAGUCACAUCAUUCAGAUUCCUAUAAUUGAAAAUCUUUCUGCUUUCUUGGAAAGCAUCAAGGGCUUUGUUGUGCAUAUUUCUGAGACAGUGCAAGACUACAUCAACAACAAGGAGAUAAUGGCUAAAUUUGAGGCUCUCCCCAAGCAUAUAAAUGACUUUGUUUCUCAACUUAAUAUAGAAGGCAAGGUAAAUCAACUGAACCAGUAUCUCAGUGAUUUUACCCAAGAAUAUACUAUCUCCAAGGAGGAUGUGGAGGCCUCUUUGAGAAACCUGAAGGUUGCUGUUGAAAAACUGCUGGCUGAUCUCACCGUUUACAUCCAACACUUUGCUGGUAUGAUGAAGGAGAUUAUUGUUAGUGGCACCGUCCCUGAAACCCUCAUUCAGAAUAUCCAGCAACUUCUGAAUGCCUUUAAUGAGGAGUAUGACAUCAGGGCUAUGGUCGUGUAUGUGAUUGAUACCAUAAGAGAGAUGGUCCAGCAGAUUGACUUGGAAAAACUGAAGGACAGCAGCAUUGCAUUCCUGCAUGACAUUGAUGCCAAGUACGAAAUCAAGGCUAAACUACAAACAAUCAUGAGUGAUAUGAAAGGAGUAAUUGAGACCUUUGACAUGCAGAAAUUUACUCGUGAGCUGAAGAAGUAUAUUUCAUCGAUCAACUUCAAAGCUCACAUUGAGGAACUAGUUAGUCAGAUUCCCACAGACAUUCUCACUGAUAUAACACAUUACAUUAGGGAAAUGAUUCAGGACCUUGACAUCCUAGGUCAGAUCGACACAUUCUAUGCCAAGAUGAGAGAGAUAAUUGUAAAGUUUGAGGCUGACAAAAAGGUUCAAGCUGUCCUGGAAAAGGCCGUGGAGCUCAUCAAGAAGUUUAGAAUUGAGGAAGCCAUCAAUGCUUUAGUCAUGAUGGUGAGGGAUGCAGACAUACCUACCAAAUUCAUGCAAGUCUUCCAGGGUGCUAUCAACUACUUGAAAUCAACUGAGGCCAAGGAUAUAAUUCAACAUCUGAAUAUGUACAUUGAAACAAUUGUACAAAGGCUUAACUCACUGAAUUACAAUGACUUUGUGGAUAAUGCCAAUCAAAUCAUUCUUGAGUAUACAUCUUACCUCAAUGAACUGAUCAGGAUUCUUGAAAUACCCCAGAAAUUUGGGGCAAUGAGAGAUUUUGCCAACUUUGUCAUAUCCACUAUUAGAGGCUCUAUGGAACACCUGAGAGAAAUUAUGAAAACUGCUCAGGAAGUAAUUGACCAGAUUGUGUUUAAUAUUCUGAGGGGAUUUGCUGACAUUGUAAAGCAGGAAAUGUCAAACCUGGAUGUUAAUGCUGAAAUUACAUCUUAUCUGCAGUUGGCAAGUAGGUGCUAUACUGAAUUUCUAACUUUUGCUACUGACAUGUUCACCAAUAUGGUUGAGAUGAUCAUGACAGUGGCACCUGAACAAAAAAUAUUUAGAGAGCUAUUGCAGAUCAUUGAGGGUCUUAUUACACAACUAAAGAAAGCCAAUUUGAACAUACCACCUUUCACAAUUCCUUUCACUGAUCUUGUUGUGCCUUCCAUGACAUUAAGCAUGGAUAAUCUUCACCAGUUUGAAAUUCCAACACAGCUGGACAUCCCUGAGUUUACUAUCUUGGGAUUCCAUACAGUGGAAGCCACUACUAUCUCAACUAAUAACAUUAAGCAGAGAAUCAUUGACUUGCUUGAUUUCAUUCUCAACUUUGAGAUGAAGAUGUUUGAUAUGCGUGCUUUGUUUGGAGACCUGACUAUGGACUACAUUCCUGCUGUCCCUGAAUUUUCACUUCCUGCCAUUUCUGUACCCGAGUUCUCCUUUCCCACUCUGCCUCAUUUUCCAUCAGAGAAAUUUGUUAAGACUCUCCAACUCCCAGCAUUUAAGCUGCCAGUCAUUCCCAGUGAGAUCAGGAUUCCAGGCUUUGGCAAACUGAGUUGCGAGAUGAAAGUCAACACCCCCAUCUACACUAUUAGGAAUGCCGCUGAAGUCCAAACCUCUCUGAACGGAGAUGAGACUCCCCAAAUGACAGCUUUUCUGACUUCCCAAGGGACAUCACUUAGCUUUGAAAUCCUUAACUUCAAUCUGGAUUCCACUGCUCGCGUUGCUCUUCCCAAGGGUCAUCAUCUGAUUGCAUCUGAGACCCUUAAGAUCACUCACAAUUUUCUCACAGUGGACCACCAUGCAUCUGUGAAAUUUACUGAAUUCUCAGCCCAGGCCUCAGCCAAGACCACAGUUAAGGCCACCACAGCAUCUUAUAAUGCUGAACUUUUACAUGAAGCUUUCUUAGCAACCAAUGGUGGUUUAUCUACGACUAUUGACACUUCCUAUAAACAUGUGCUCAACCUCCCUAUCAUGGACCUCACCAGUGAGGCAUCUGUGACACAAAAAUGUGUGGCUCGUCAGACAGGUACAUCUAUUACCAUAACUGUUGGAAACCAGGGUACAACCAUGUUCAACUCUCAAGAAAGUACACACAAGAGUGACCUGCAAGUCACAGUCAAUCCGAAUAUAUUCAAGUUGACCUUCAAUAGUGACACAGAUACAUUCCUUUUGAAGAUGAGACAGACCUUGAGUGCUGACUUUGUCACCUUCAACUAUUUCAAGUUUGAUGUUCGUUCUGAAACAGAAUGCUCCACAAUCAAAAACAGCCUUUUAGUGGGAUCAGUAAAUGUCAAUCUGCAUGACAUGAAGCUUGAGCUGAAGGCAACCCAGAACACAGAUCUACUUGGUAUAAUCAAUGGACCCUUAUACAAUAUGAUCGAUGUUGUUGUCCGUCCCAGAGAGGCUGCGUUCAUCUUUCAGAAUAAAGGAAACACCAAAGUCAAUUUCAAUGAUGCUCUUACAGCCAAAAUUGAUCUGCAGAAUGAUUACUCUGCAACCUUCAGACCUGACAAACAAUACAUCAACACAGUCGCUCUAGCCCGUCUUAAUCAGUACAAACUGUUCUGGAACUUCACUGUAGAGAACAAUGAGAAGGAGGCUGCCAUUCUUACUGCUUUAGAAGGAGAAGCAAACCUUGAUUUCCUGGCUAAGCCCAUCAGCAUUCCUGAGAUUGAUGUUCCAUUUAUUGACUUCCGUACCCCAGCCAUUAGUGAUCUUGACUUGUAUGACCAAACUGGGCUGAAACACAUUUUGACUACAACUGAACAGACUGUUGAUGUGGAUGCCAAGAUUGUUUAUCAAAAAAGCCAAGCAGCCCCAUUUGUCGAUAUGAUGGGUCUGUUCCAGAUUCCCUCUGUGGGUAACCUGAUCACAGAACUGUCCUUCAAGUCUGCCAUUUUCAAUCUGAAUGUCAAUGCUGGACUGAAUGCUGAAGAUGAUCUUGUGUUCCGUCUGGGAGCUACCACAGCCUCUGUGUUUGAGGGUCUACAAGCCAAACUGGAUGGCACCACCAGCCUGACCACCAAGAGAGGAAUCAAGUUGGCCAAUUCCCUGUCCCUUGAAAAUCGUCACAUUGAAGGCACUCAUGACAGCACCAUCAGUAUGAGUACUGAAAUAUUUGAACCUACAGUCUCUGUGGCUACUAAUGCAAAGAUUGCCCUGCCUAUACUCAGUCUGGAAGCAAACCAAAAUUUUGUUGCAGACACUAAAACCAAAGCAAAUGCUGUCUCCACCUUGAGGAUGAGGGCUGAUUUCAACAUCCCAAUGAUCAAGGCUAUUGGAAAGGCUGAGGCUGACCAAAGUCUGAAGCUGGAGGGAACCUUUGAGUACAUUUCCAUGGAGUCAUCCACCAGAGUAAACAUGGAUGGUACUGUGCUUGAGGACUAUCUAGUUUUGGGAGUCCUUGAUAAUGAGAUUAAUCAGUAUCUGAAUAAUGAUGGCCUACGCUUUACCUCCAAGAUUAUUGCCGAUGCCAAACUUAACUAUGGCACCAACAAACUCAUUGGCUUGGACGUAAAUGAGAAUAUUGCUGUUGAAGCCUCCUUGAGACGUGUGUAUGCAGUGCUGAAAUAUACUUGCAACAACGAGGCAAACAUGUUCAAUUUCAACACCAACGGGAGGCACAUCACCAAGGUAACCAUUGACUUGGCAACAAUGUCAUCUUUGACGGCUGAUAUUGAGGUUGAUAUCUCUCAGCCAAGCAGCCUGGGUGAACUCACCAUGUCUGAGAAAACUGUUGCUGAAGUGACAGCUGCCAAGCAGAAGAUCUCUACCAAUGCUAAGUUUGUGAGCCCACUGUACACCACAAACCUGGCAGCAGAAAUAGAGGGCAACGCUCCUGUCUUCAUAGUCACCUUUAAGUCCUCUGCCGCCUCUGUCAUUGUCUCCUUGGAAUAUGACCUGGACUCUUCCAUUACCAUAAACUUUGAACAUGGUGGCCUAAGCCUUACUGGAAAGGGUGUUUUCACCCAUUGCGAUUUGACCAUGGACAUUCAGCACAUUCUUUCCCAUACACUGAGUGACUCCCGUCUCACACUAAAUAUGGACAUAACCAGCCCUGCCUUCACUGAUGUGAACUUACGUUAUGCUGUCCGCAAAGAUGGAAUCAGUGCUACAAUUUCUAUUCCAUCUACUGGCCUCCUGGGUCUUCAGCUUCAUGGCAGGGCUCCAUCACAGUUGAAUGCCAGGCUUUAUGGUCGCUAUGCUUCUGAUCCUGGGAAGGAUGUGGAUAUUUUCACUAUCAGAGCCUCUGCCAAGGAUGCAAAUAAAAUUAAUCUUAAGAUGACCAUUAACAUGGAUGCCCCAGACAUCAUGAUCCAAGGAUUGCAGGAAAAAAUUCCUGCCAUCACAUCUUGCUUGUCUAGCUUUGCUGAGAAAUACCAACUGUUCAGGCAUGCUGCUCAGUUGAAGAACAUUAUCAUUUUAUAUACUGAGGAGGCCCACAACAUUGCAAACAACCACGCCCCACAUAUGAGCCAGGUGUCUAUCCUCUUUAGGAACACUGUUGUUCAGUACCAGAAGACUGUACAGGUUUUCUUGAAUGCAGCAAUCAAGUUUCUCAGAGAGACCCGGGUCAAACUGCCUGGCUCUGACAAGAUGACCACUCUCAUUGAGGUGCUCAAUAAUACCAUGACCAGCAUUACUACUAUGCUCGAGAAGGCAUUGAAGCUAGUGGCUGUUAAUGUAGAAUAUGCUUUAAAUGUCAUGCUUGGCAUGGUCAGUAAAAUUCAGGUCACAAUGCCCGUUGGGGAUGUCAUGGCUAUAGCCAAAUUAACUGACCAGAUUAGGGACAGAGUGAAGACUAUGUCUAACCCCAUUGUGGAUUAUUUGAAGCAUCUGGAGAGUUUAGACAUUUUCCUGGAUGAACUGGGUGACACCCUAAAAUUCUUUGUUGACAAAGCUCAGGACUUUGUUGACAACACCCUAAAGUCAGAUGUACUUGAUGCCAUUGCUGUCUACAUUAAUGCUUUCUAUGAUAAACAUGUAAGCUUAAUGAAAACAAUGUCCAAGUAUGCAAACACAGCUGUGAACACUGAGUCUAUAAAUAGCCUGAUUAACUACAUUCUGGAUAUUUUCAGAUCUGAAGUGAAUGCAUUUAAAUACACUGUUACUGACUAUCUGCAGCAGGCUCCUGCAGACUACAGGUCUUAUGUAAAAGUAAAGGGAACAAAACUGGAGAUUAAUCUUUGAUUCCACCUUCACCAGUAAGCUAAAAGCCUGAAAUGCUACUAAUUGAAUGGCUAAACUAUUAUCUAAACAAAAGGUACAAAUAUUAAAAACAUGUUCAACUUUAUCUAAAAAGUAAAUGCACUCUCAGUGAACAUUAAAUACCUUGUUCAGUUGAAAAUUAUGAAUUGUGAAUGACUAUAAUAAUGUAUUACAGCAGCAAAAAUAACAACCUGUAUACCCUAUGUGCUGCAAGUCUAAUUUUUCUG